UUUCAGCGUUCAACUCGAACUAAAAUUAUUCAUGUGGAAUUUGGAUUUGCCACCACUCGUCCAAGUUUUGUCAACAGCUGUUCGAAUAUUGUUCCCGUUUGUAAUCAAUUUGUCACCCAGUAGCGACAACGAGGCAUUAAAAUGGUUGGGUCAGCUAUACUGGGUGCUGCCGCCGGCACUGGUAUGGCCUUAAUUGUUGCCAUGACAAUUGUAAUCUAUCGUUACUACACUGUCAAAAGAAAAGACAAGGAAUGGAGCUCCCUUGACCGUUUACCUUUUCCGUCUGAUUCAAGUAUAGCCUUCGGAAAAGCAGCGGGAAAGCCAGCUUAUGCUGCCAUAGCCAAAAAGGAAUUCAAUGUUGCGAAAGAACCGCACAAAAUCCAACCUCCCCAAAACAGUUCAGGGCAGGCCUUGACUGCGGAAAUGAUGAAGGCUCCUCUCGACUUAUGUCAGAAUUCAGGUAACGCUCCACUCCUUCAACAUCAAUCAAAGUCCUAUCCUGGAGGACAGCCUCCACUCUGCAGAACCCCAAGCGUCUCCUCGCAGAGCAGUUUGGAAAGCAGCGCCUCAAGACAGGGCCAUAGGGGUUCGUCACCUCAGAUACGUACUUAUGCUCCAGAUGGAAAAACCAAAGCUGUUCAACAUCACGAAGCAACAUAUUCUUCUAGUUAUCCCCUUCACAGUUCUAGUCGUUCUCCAUCUCCAUUACGAGCAGCUUCACUAGAUAUUAGAUGUAACUCACCGGGAUACGUAACAGUUGGUGGAGAAAUGCGUACACCCUCCCCAUCUCAGUCCAGUUUAACUUCCCUUACAGGGGGGUCGGCUAGCUCUACCUGUAAUUCACCAGCUUUACCGCCUUCUCCAAGAAACGCCAAUUUGGGAAGAUGCCUAUCUCCACUAUGUAUACCGUCAAGGGGCCACACUCCUGAGAUGACCUCGUCUGCUCCGCCUGCCAGUCCAUUAGGGGCAAUCCAACCUGAUUUAUACACCAAAAGAGACGGUCCCUUAUUUUUAGAAGGAAGUCCCAAGUCGGGCCCCUCACUAGGGCGCCUUCAUUUUAGAGUAAAGUACGACUUCGACAGAAGCGAUCUCACUGUUCAUUUAAUAGAAGCUCACAAUUUAGCAACAAGUGACCAAGGGGGUUUCAAUGAUCCAUAUGUGAAACUGUCCAUAAUUCCGCCAGUAGAUUGUCGUAAACGUCAAACAGCUAUCCAUCGAAAUGAUCCGAAUCCAUUUUUCGAUCAGCAUUUUAAGUUUCCAGUCACCCACGAGGACCUCCAAGCGAAAAUUCUCGUCCUUCAAGUGUUCGAUUAUGACAGAUUUUCGCGCAACGACGUAAUCGGUGAGGUUCGUAUGAACAUGAACGAAUAUGACGUUACGUCAAGUAUAGAAAUAUGGGGAGAAAUUUCGAAAAAUAAGAAACCUCCCGAAGAACUUCAAGAGGUCCUUCUUUCACUAAGCUAUCUCCCGUCCGCCGAAAGACUGACUGUUGUUCUUUUGAAAGCAAGAAAUUUGUUUAUACCCGAGGAGAAGGAAAGUGUCGAUCCGUUUGUGAAAGUUUACCUGAUUGUAAAUGGCAAACGGGUCAAAAAGAAGAAAACAGCAGCAAGAAAGAAUACAACAAAUCCAGUUUGGAACGAGGCGUUGAGUUUCAGCUUGUCCUCCUCAAAUCUACCCAAUGCAGCGAUUGAGGUAUCAUUAAUAGAUCAAGGAAAUGAUCUCAUAGCAAGUAAUCCUUUAAUAGGGUGCUGUAUAAUAGGUCCACAUGAAUCAGGGCCGGAGCGGGACCAUUGGAAGGACAUGAUGCAGAGCCCCAGGAAGGCAGUGGCUUGUUGGCAUACCCUCCGAUUGGAAUGAAUUAAUUCAAAUAAAAAUAGAAAAAAAAUGCAUUAAAAAAAAGUAACAAAUGAUGGAAGUACUACAUCGUGUGAAAUUCAGUUGACUGAAAUGCGAUGAAAUGCAUGAAAUUUUCCGAAUGCGAACAUUUAAUUUUUUUAAUUCAAAUAAGUAUACACGUUUCAUCUUCGUUUUUAUUAGGCACAAGCAAAUCAAACAGAUGUCCUUAAUUAUGUAUCGUACAAAAAAUUUUAGAAUAAGUUUUCCCUUAAAAUGGUACCAAAAUUAAAAUGGGAGGCUGAUAAUUGUCAUUUUUUGUUUGAGAUUCGACUGAUUUGUGGUUUAUUUGUCUAUUAUCAAUACCGAAAAUCAUAUCAUUAUGUUACGCGUUGUAUUCGAUGUUUGAAUUUAAAUAAUGAACUUAAUAUUCCUACCUAUACCUGUUUAUGAAUAAGUCAAAGUACCUGAUAGCAGAAUUUAGAAUAAAAGACACAAAAGGGAACCGAAAUGGAGAUAAUAAUAGUGGUAUUUAAAUGGCACAUAUUUAACAUACAUACAUAAUAACAUGUGUAUAUUAUGUAGGUAGGUAUACAUGCAUAUAUAUUGUUAUGGAUGUGCAGAAAUGGACUGUACUAGUUAUCUAAUAAUGGGUUAUAAUUGCUAAUUAAGUAAAUGUUAUUUGUUAUUGUAUUUACUUCCUGUUUAAAAGAAUGUAAUCUUCAGUAUUAUGAAAAUAUUUAUUCGGCUUUAAUGAAGAUAUAACGUCUCAAUAUUUAUCUUCAUUUAUGAAUAGGAUGCUUCAAAGUGGUAGAACGAAAAGUGAAAUACAUGAACUUUUGCUUUUUCAAAUUAUUUUACCGAUUUUAACAUCAUAUUGUUUUUAAAAAUGAGUUGUUUGUUUUUUCUUUUUUGAAAAGCGGGAAAUUCCAACAAUUGAGUAUUUGUAAUGGCCGACAAUAGCAACAAUACGGCAAUUAAAAAUUGUAAUGGCCGACAACAGCAACAAUACAAAAAGAUGCAAUGACCGACAGAAUCAACAAUACGUAAACAAGUACCGCAACAAUGAAAAUAUUAAGAUGGCCGACGAUAAACAUUAAUAAUAAACGUAGACUUUUUAUAUUAUCCAUACUUUAUUACAAUUGUUUCAAACGUUUUAUACAAAUGCGCAAGUUGUUGAACUGUUUCUAUUUAACUAAGAGUAAAAUAAAAUAAAAAAUACUUACAAUUAGCUAAGUUAAAAUAUAAAACCAAGCAUACUCAGGCUAUUGCGGGUAACUUCCGUCGCAUGCUGUGACGUAACUUCCGUCGCAUGCAAUACUAAACUAGUCAAUGUAGUAUCUUACUUUUCGUUCUUCAUUUUCGAGGUUGUCCUAAUCUAGGAACACUGACUACGAAAAUAAAACAUCAGCUUUUGCAAAAAUCAAAUUUCAAUAAGAAAACAGAUUUCACCAAGUAUUCCAAAAAAACAUGCUUUAUUAUUGCUAUUAUUCAAACGGUCUAAGUAAGCAUAAAACAUGUACAUAAUUAUAUACUGGGUGUUUUAACUUUUGUAUGUAAUUACAUAUUGGUUUUUUAUUUAAUUGUUUAAAAAACAAACGUUUAAUAGUAAUAAUAAGCUACUAAAAACGCUUAUGGUAAUGUCUAUGAUUAU